UCCAAUGCUAAACUAAUCGAGCAGCCCUCUUAAUAAUUUACAAUAUUGUAAUAGCUUUGCCUCUGCCAAUGCCGGGGAAAUAUGCAAUUCCAGCUCAGUUAAUCUCAAGUCGUCAGCCGCAAUGCAGCUAGAACACGGUUUGAUUAGUCUGUUGUUUGCCAUCGCAGUUGUACAUUCAGUAAGCUUGCAGGAUUCCAAAUGCGGCUACAUCAGCGAGGAUCAGUUCUUAAGAAUGGAUGCCUUUGCGAUACCCACAGAACAUCAGUGGUUGGCGGGCAUUACGUACAUGAAUGGACAAGAGAUGAAGCUGCAAAAUAAUGGCUGUGUUGGUGUCCUUAUAUCCAAACGAAAUGUGCUGGCACCCGCUCACUGUUUCCUGCAGUACGAUGGGCACGUCGAAGUCUUCUCUGUGCUGUUGGGCGUAUGGAAUAAGAGCUCCAGUUUGGGUGACGUCAGCUGCGAUAGGAAUGGCUUUUGCGUGCUGCCCGCCCAGGACAUACCGGUGAAGGAGAUCGCCAUAUACCCCGAAUAUGAUCCACUAACUCUGAAGCAUGACCUCGCGGUGCUCACACUACAGCGCGAUGCACAGUUAACUCCAAAUGUAAUGCCCAUUUGUAUGCCGCCACCCUCGAAGGUCAAUGAGACGCUGGUGGGACAGCUGUUCGUUGUGGCCGGUCUGCCCAUCAAAGAUGAACUCAAGCAUAAGGCCUUUGUGCACAUACACAGUCGGCCUUAUUGCCAGAAAGAGCAUAGCUCCCUCCUCAGCAGCACCAACACCGUCUGCGGCUAUCAGGAUAAAAGUAUGAUGUACCAUCUGGGCGCUCCGUUGGUGGGCAUACAUGUGAAGAUGGAUGCGCCGCUAAGUUAUUACUUGGUUGGCCUGCUACUCGACGCGAAGGAAUAUGUCGACGGAGAAAAUUCUGUAGCUGCCAGCUUUCUGGAUGUGCGCCCCUAUCUAAAUUUCAUUAAUCGUAAUGCCGAUUUCCUAAUUGUAAGUGACUGAACUGUGCGGAAAAUAAAGCGGGCAAGGACUGCCAACAGGUCGGCUGUGUUAAUUAUUCAGCUACCUCACUCUGUUGUCACCCUUACAACCUCGAAUUUACGUGGCUUCAUGCUCAUGCAAUAUGCAAAUUGUUUAUAUACUAUUAAUAUCUGAUAUGAGAAACAUGGAGAUUGCAGUGGAAGUUUUCUGCUUUUCCUUUCGUAGGUUUUCGAAAAACUGAAAAGCUAACUAUGACGGCUUCUUUGACAGCAGCUGGCAGACAAGCCACAAGCGAAAGGCGGCAGGUGACAUCGCCAGCAGAAUUUUUGUCACUUAGGAGGUAAACGGGAAGCGGAAGUACAAUAAACAACGGCUGCAACCCGUUGGCCACUUGCCAAGGCAUUUGCAAGGCAGGCAAAACUUGUUUUUCAACUUAAAUUUUAAUGCCUACAAUAUCAGGUGAUAAUUAAAAGCAAACAGCUAAGCAGUGCACUCUGUCGUAUAGUCGACUGGCAGCUACUUAUAUCACAGAGUAUGCCUAUGCUGGGAUUUAUAUUGGCCAUGUCUGCGUGACGUGCCGUGUGACGUGUUUGUUGCUUGGAGUUUUAUUCGUGAAAUAUGCGUGUCGAGGCUUGACAUAAAAUUAUUUAAGAUUUGGGGCAUGGCCUAGAUAGCGUACGAAAAUUAAAAUAUUCCUCAAAG